AUGGAUCGUGUGAUUGGCCUAAUCGAUAUGGACUGCUUCUACGCUCAAGUGGAGCAGCGUGAACGGCCAGAGCUAUGGAACACUCCAGUAAUUGUAGCCCAGCACACUGGCGCGAUGACAUCUAGAGUGAUCUUAGCUGUGAGCUACGAAGCUCGAAAGUUUGGUGUGAAGAGGGGGAUGACAAUUCCGGAUGCAAAGGCCAAGUGCCCAGAGCUGAAUAUAUGUCAUGUCCCUCAAGGGGAACAUGCUGAUAAGGCUGAUAUCCAGAAGUACAGGGAUGCAAGUGAAGAAAUCUUUGACGUUUUAUACACUUUCGACGAUCGUAUCAUUGUGGAAAGGGCUUCAGUUGAUGAAGCAUUUCUAGAUCUAACUGCGUUGGUCGAUCAGAAAAUCGUAGAAAUUGGUGCAACAGAGCUUCUGCACAAUAUCACCAACGAUCUACCACUUGCUCUGCCUACUACUCAUAUCGCAGAUGGAAACGACAAGAAUGCCGGAGAUAUCUAUGAUCGUGAAACAAGCCUUCGCAGCUGGCUCGAUAUCUGGUGCGCAAGGGAAGUCAACCAUCUGCGCCUUGCAAUCGCAGCACAAAUCAUGGAACAGAUGCGUGCAAAAAUCCGCGAGUGCACUCAGUUCUUCUGCUCCGGAGGAGUUGCGAACAAUAAAAUGCUAGCCAAGUUAGUAUGUGCUCGCCACAAGCCACGCCAGCAAACGAUAAUCCCGUUCAAUUUUGUACCCGUCAUCUUCGAAGAGACUCCAGUCGUUGACGUACGAAUGCUGGGAGGAAAACUCGGUCAUGCUAUACAAGACAGACUGGGUGUCGCGACUAUGGGUGACCUGGCAGCAGUUUCUUACGAAAUGAUCGAACAACAUUUUGAAGGACAGGCGCAAUGGAUUAGUCAACUGGCAAAAGGAUAUGAUGAUGAACCAGUGAAAAUCCGCAGUAACCAACAGUCCAUAGCGGUUAGCAAGAACUUCGCAGGAAAAAAUGCAUUAACAACCGUUGCUGAGGUACGGAGUUGGAUCGAGGGAUUAUCGAAAGAAUUAUCUAAAAGGCUUGUAGCCGACCAAGUGAAGAACAAACGAACGGCGCAAAAUGUAAUUUUUGGCAUUCUUGGGGAAACUCACACUUCGAAAACGCUCAAAAUUGGCUCGUACAGUCCGCAAGUCAUAGCAGAAGUGAUGUGGAGUGCAGCAAAGGCUUUUAACAAAGCACCAUUGGGGUGCGAUCAGUGGACCCCGCCGGUGUACAAUUUAACUAUGAGCGCCUCUCGCUUCACGGAAGGUCUGAGCGUGCAGUCACAAAACAUUAUGGAAUGGGUAGAAAAGCGUCUGGAACAAUUAGAAGCUGGCAGAGUACUGUUACAGCCACCGUCUGCCGCACCAGAACCCAGAAUAUUUGUAAAAGGCGUUCUGAAAAGACCUGCUGACCUGGAAGGUCCCAGCACUUCUGGAGUUGAUGUACCAGUUAAUAACUCUCCGAAAAAAGCUCCACCAAGGAAAAGGAAGACAGAUCUUGAAUCAACUGAGGUUAAAAUAGAUGACGAUGGAUGGCAGGUCUAUGAUCCAGCUCAAUUUGAAUCUACGACUACUUCAGCUGCGAUUCCAGCGGUGGAAUCGAGCGAUAUUGGAGAGAUUUCUACUGCUGUCUUUCAGGAAUUACCUGCAAAUAUCAAAGCGGAGUUUGCACAUUUCCACAAGCUGGAACAGGCGCGGAAACUGAAGGCAGCUGCUUUCGAACGCGAAAGGGAGAAACCAUCUGGUAAAAAGCGUAUUUCUAAGACCACCGCGAAGGAGCCACCAGCGAAAAAGAAGAUAGAAGCCUUUUUCAAAAGAGAUAAUUAA